AUGUGGCUAUUACCGAUACUUGGAUACGUUGGAGUGAUUCUGGGGUUCGCGUUUUUGACGCUUGCUAUAGCGUCCGGACUGUACUACCUCUCCGAGCUCGUCGAAGAGCACACUGUUUUCGCAAAGAAACUGCUCCACCGGUUGAUCUAUGGCGUUGUUGGUGUUCAGUUCUUGCUCCUUGUCGUGGACAAGUUCCCGCUUGGAUUGAGCGCGCUGAGUGUUGUUUCGCAUGCCAUCUAUGCGCAGAACUUGAGGCGAUUUCCCAUCGUUAAGCUUACGGAUCCGCUGUUCUUGCUAUCCUGCGCACUCGUAAUAGUCAACCACUACCUCUGGUUCCGCCACUUCAGCGCCCCGCCCCCAAACUCGGCCUACUCCUCCUACCCCUAUUCCCGCGAUGCCAAUCUUCCCUCCUUCACCGAGAUCGCAUCUUAUUUCGGCCUGUGUGUCUGGCUUGUCCCCUUCGCCUUGUUCGUCUCCUUGUCCGCUGGCGAGAAUGUGUUGCCCUCAAUGGGCUCCGAAUACGCGACAGGAGAAGGGAGCAGUUACAUGACGCCAGGUAAAGCACCCGACGCGUUUGGAAGCGGCUCGGGUAUGGGAGUUGGAGGUGCAAUGGAGGGGAAGCGGAGAGCGCGAAGCGGAACGAAUGCGGGGAUGGCGAAGGCCGUUGUUACCGGUGUCAAAGAGUGGGUUGGCGAGACGGGCGAGGUUAUGGGAUUUUGGAAGGGGGAGAGGACCAGGCCUACAUUCUAA